AUGAGUGAAUAUAAACAAUGUCAACUUUUAAACUCCACCUGUGGACCAUACAAACCAAGAAACGAACAUGGCAUAUUUCUUUUAAGUUCCCUUACUGAGGAUGUUAGUUCUCUUUGUGGAUCUACGAAUGUCCUAACGGAGAUGGAAUUGAUUUGUGACCGAUCUACACAACCAUUGGAUUCCAAUAAGUAUAUUUGUGCCUUUCAUAAAUAUUCCCUUGGGAAUAAUUGGCGAUCUCCUUCUAUUUGUAAGUCCCCGAUUCAUGAAGAAAAUAUAAAAAAUAGUAAAGUAAUUAAAGUUUCGUACAAUAAGCUAUACGAAAUUAAACAAAAGUUUUCAAAUUUUUAUUUUCCAAUAAAUUCUAAAAUAUGUAGAAAAUGUUACCAAAUCCUUGUUUUUGACAAAAAUAUCAUAUACGAAGCUGAAAAUCAAUCCAUUGAAGAUAAAGAUAUAGACUGGGUACCUCCUGUAUUAAUUUUCGAUGAAGACAAUGCUAAAAACCUCAAAGAAAAACUUGACAAAUUAACCAAUUUAUUAGGUAUGGAGCGAAUAAAAUUUCAAAUUAAUUCAGGCAUUGAAAGUAUAUCCGAUAGCACAGUAUGGUAUUUUAAAAAUUAUCUAGACCAACUUAUUGAUACAACACGAAACCUUUUUUUUGACUGUGUGGCCCCAGGACAAUCCGACUUUUUAAAAGAAAAAUUGACUAAACCCGAAAAGAACGAACAUAUUCCAUCUGAGCUAGAGCAUUUAGUUAAAUGCUAUAAAUCUUGUGUAACUAAUGAAUCAAAGAUUUCUUUACUGGCUUUGGUACCUACAAGUUACAGAAAAGAAUAUAUUGCUAAUAUUUUUGGUACUAAUUUGUAUAAAAUAACCGAGGCUAGACGGCGUCUAUCAGACGUUAGUUCUUUUACUAAAAUGAAACCAAAAGUUUUAAAUCGCUUCAGAAUAAAUAGCGAACAAGUAUCUCACUUUAUUGAGUGGUUAUUUACCAGUGGGCUUUUAAAAGAAGAAGCCUACGGUACCACCAAUUUGAAAUUUGAAAGUGGUGAAAAAAUGUUAAUUACAAAUACAAUUUUGGAUGGUGUUCACGAACAUGUAUGUCGUGAAUAUUUAAUAUAUUGUUCAGAGGUUGGGUAUUCUUGUUUGGGCAAAACAUCUUUGAAAAAUAUUUUAAAGGCAAUUAAACCUAAAACUCGCCAACGAGUUGCCGGAGUUGACAGUUUUGUUGUAGAAGGUUAUGCUGCCUUUGAGGAUCUACAUCAGUGCAUUAAUAUUCUCACAGAUGAAGGAAUAAAAAAGAAGGCGCAUGAGCAAGUAGACAACGGAAAAAACUAUUUUAAAACACGCUACCACUUUCAUUGCACAAUAGAUAAUGGUUGUGCGUCACAUUGCAUAAGCCAUGCACUAUCGCAUCCUCAAGAGAAUAAGCUCCAAAAACUUUGCAAAGUACCCCAUUCCAAUAUUUGUCCGGAAUGUUAUGAUAUAUUAAAUACAGUUAACAUUAUUGAAAACAAUAUAAGCCUUUUAAAGGAUUCUCAUGAAAAAGACACAACAAUGUUUAAGUUUUUACAUGCUAAACAAAAGAUUUUUGACUGGCAAAACCAUAUUAUAAGAGCUGCCCAACAAGGUAAAGCUAGAACGACUGUUAUGGAUAUUCUUGAGUCAAGACAAGCUUUGUGGAUCCGGGACUGGGCAGAAAAAAUUUUGCCAUCUAGGAACCUGGAAAGUAUGACUGAAUAUUUCGGAAAACGAGGUUUUAGUUUAUCUGUGGAAGUAUUUUUAAUUAAAAAUGAGGAAAAGUGGCAAAAAUUUGUUUAUUUUGUGGCACUAGAUCGUUGUGAACAGGAAUUAUUGGACUGCCUAUCUAUAGCAGAUAUUGUUCUACAGCAAUUUAGUCAUGACAAUCCUUUAAUUAAGCAAUUACACCUUAAAUCAGACAACGCUGGAUGCUAUCAUGCUAAUGGCACAGCAGAAGGAAUAUACAAUAUAUGCCAAAAAUAUCACAUACAACUUCUGGAUAUACAUUUUAACGAGGCACAAAAGGUAUUAUUGUAG